AUGUGUGAAAUUUUAAAGGCAUUGCGAGACCCAUUGAUAGACAUAGAAAGUGAUUGUUUUAACAACACAAAUACGGAAGAAAUUUUAAAGGCAGCUGAACCUACUCUGACGGAUAUGCCAGUUGAGAUAAUUUUAAAAAUAUGCUCAUUUCUUGAUUCACGUUUUCUAAAAUACUCAUUCAGUAAGGUUUGUCAGAGAUUUGAAGAUAUAUUGGCAGAUGAUCAUCUCUGGAAAUAUUGGGUCCAAAAUAAAAUGAAUGGCUGUUUCCCAGCUAUACCUAAUUUACAUAUAUAUGAGGAAUCUGAAAUAGACUGGGAGGAAUUAUGUCUAGAAUUAGACGGUGAAAAAAAGAAAUGGUGUGAUGUAAAGAAUACAACAAAACAUAUUAUUGCUAAGGAUGCACAUUAUGCAUCUGUCGAUGCAGUGCUUCUUUUAAAUAAAGGGGGUGUUUGUGUGUCUGGUGGAAGAGAUCGAAGUUUGGCAUUAUGGAAUGUUUUAGAGAUGAAUCCUGAAGACUCGGACUUAAAACCUAUAAGGAUGAGACAUGAUGCCCAUGUGGGUUGGAUAUGGGAUCUUGCAGCUGAUAAUGCUGACUGUGCUGCUAUUUUGUAUUCAGCUUCAUGGGAUAACACUGUGAAAGCCUGGGACUUGGCUGCAGAUUUUAAUUGUGUAGAAACAUUCAAAUGUGGAAUGUCUGCUUUAUCUGUUGUGGCAUCUGACAAAACUGUCAUGGCUGGUCUAUAUUCAAAUAAAGUACUGUCUUUUGAUUUACGAUCUGGAGGUAAUCCAAUAAGUUCUUACAAGGCUCACAAAGGCCCUGUAUUGGCUUUAAGUUCACACAAAAAUAUGGUUGCAUCAAUUAGUGAAGACAAAACAUUAGCUAUUUGGGAUAAAGUUGCAGGAAAAAUUAUGAGAAACAAUAUUAAAAUAUCCCGAGAUAAACAAUAUCCAGUUUGUAUAAACUGGAGCUCGACAGCUAUGUACAUAGGUGAUUCUGUUGGAUUUCUUCAUCUAUUUAAUCCAGAAGACUUUACAUUUGUAAGAUCUCAUACAAUAUGGGGCCCAACCCCUGUGAUGGAACCUAAUCACAAAAUAGCUGGAUGCUAUCAGAGUAAUGGAAAUAUUAUAGUUUGUUCAGAUCAAGGGCAAAUAAAAUUUUUAUAUAACUGCCAUCCACCUAAAGAGUAUAGCACCAUUGAGACAAGCACUGUCUCUGUGACAAAGUUGCAAUACAUGAGUGGUGUUUUAGCUGUUGGUACCUGUGAGACAGCACUUGAGUUCUGGAUACCUACCUAA